ACACGCACUCGGAGGAGGGGGCGUGACUGCUGCACCACCCCUUUGUGGGUAAUGCUGUCGGUUAGACGGAAGCACUAAACAGAUUUCAGCGAAGGGUCAGUCAAACCCAUUUAAGUGUCCCGUUAGUAUUCGUUUAAUAAGUACUGUUUGCAUCCACUCUGCGAAUAAUCGCCACGGUCUGCGGAAACAUGCCCAUCUACUGGAAUUCGCUCUGCGGCGCACUACAAUUCCCGUCAUGCAGCGCGAUUAUGAUAGCGGCGAACGUACAAGCAGCAGGUAAACAAGACCAAGAAAGACCUCAGUGAUGCAAAACAACGGGUUUGACCGUGGUUUACACAAUAGCACCUUGUCAGACACGGAUGUUGCUGCUUAGACGUGAUGCCUGAUGUCGAUCUGCUGAAUGUAAUGUUUAAAAAUGAGGAGUUUCUGAUCCGGAUAUGUGAAUAAGUAGCUAAGCCAGCUGCUGUAAUUCGUGUUUACCGUUUGGAUGUGUGCGAAACGAAGCCCAAACGUCGUGACUUUCUGCAAUGGAGCGAUUUAGUCUGGCAGGACGAAUUCAAGGCUUUAAACUGGACGUUUGUCUACACAAACAGUAGCAGCUGCGGCAAAAGGCAGAAUUUGUUCCGUCGCAAUGGGACCCAUCCUGCAGGAACGAACGGCAUCGACGAUCUUGAAGAGGGUGCAGGUGAAAGAGAAGGUUAGAGUGAAGAAUGUGGAAAAUACUGGGAUCGUUACCAGCAACAAUAAAAGAGGAGGCAAGGUCAAUCAGAACCAGAAACCUCAGAAGAAAACAAGCUCGCUGAAUAAGAACAUCCUUCCAGUCCAGAACAAGGAGCCCUUGUCCCGAGCUGAAAUUGGCCAAAAUGGAAACAGACCAAAGCCCGUCAAGAGUCCUACAGCUGGCACAUGCAAGAUUUCUAACAGCACCCAAGGUGAAGCUGACUUAAGGCACCCCAGAUCCAAACCCUCUCAUACGUGUGAGGAGGAGAGGCAGAAGGUACAGUCUCAGUCCCAGUGCUGCAGUGAUGUGGAGAGGAGCCAUGCUGCCCGAGAGAAGAGCCGCCGCGCUUUAUCACUGCCACUGGCUCCUCAGCCAGCACUGCAUCAGAUCCCCCUGCAGAAACACAUCCCUGACCUGGAGUCGCUGCGUCUCCUGGAGCACAAAGAGGAUGACACAGAUAGCGCCAGUGACCUGUCAGACUCUGAGAGGCUCCCUGUUCUGCCUUCUCCCUGCACUCCUCCACAACUCAACCUCCGUGCAGAAGUCAUCAAUUCGAUGGACCUGCACCCUCAUAUACCGGGCCCCAGGACAGCACAAACAGAGAGCGACGGCUAUAGCUACCCAGACUUUCUGCCUCCACCGUUCAACACCUGGAGCCUGAGGCAACUGGCCAUGUUCCUGAACACGGAGGGUAAACGUGCCCCGAGACCCAAACCAGUGGGGCAGCUUGAGAAGUUCUUAGAACGUCUUCUGCAGCUGGAGUGGCACCAGAUCCAAACUAUCCAGGCUGAAAGUGGCCGGCCCACAGCCCCCAUCAUCCGUCCCAGGGGUCGUGCCCCUAUCGGUCCACCAAUCACAAGUCGUCCCCGGCCCCACACUGCGCCACCCACACGCCUCAGUUCCCCUAAGAGCCUGCGCCAGACCCAGCGGGGCUUCCCCUUCACUCUCCUCUCUUCUCUUGGCAGCCCAUCUUCUGGUCAGCUCUCUCGGCCUGUCUGCCCUCACUGCCAUGUCCGCUACCCACUCUGCAACGGCAGCUGCUCUUCAUACGCCUACCAGCGCCACUCCCGCCUCAGCCCCCUGCUGGAGCGCAAAGCCCCUCCCACCAUCACCCAGAAGAGAAGCAGCAGCGAGAGCCGGGCCUCGGCCUCAGAGAACCGGGGCACAUACCAAAAAGUUCAGCAUCCUGUCAGUCCGCAGGCAGGGAAAGGCCACCAGAAACACAUGCAGGCCUCCGGGAACAUGCGCAGAGCUUCUCAGGAACUCGGCGCUAACAGCAAAGGUCAGCCUCCGGCCAGGAAAGGGCGCACCAGCAGGGCAGUUGAGGCAGAUAGGCAGAAAGAUUUAACUAUGGGAGGGAAAAGUAUGGGUGCCGACAAGCAGGUUGUUGCUGGUAAGCGAGAGAGUGGUGGUCCAGGAAAGAGAGGAGAAAAAGAAGGGCAGAGGACAGAGAACGGGAGUAGUGGAGCAAGGGCUUGGGCUAAAAGAGCGGCCAGUGAAAGUAAUGGCUUUAAGGGCACCUCAGCUGCCAGGGCAAAUGGGAAAGUGAAAAAUAUCCAGUUUGCCAAGUAACAAGAUCAUAAGUCUCAUAUGUGGUUCAUCAGAAACAUCAUCUGCAACACUAAGCGCACAGUAUGUACUAAGUAUUUAUUUACAAAAGAUCAAGCUGUAGUUCCUCCAAUUUCUGGAUGACAGUUUUUGUUUAAGUUGUCAGAUGUAAUAGAACAAAGUUUUAAUUUUACGGUAGAUUUGCUUACAACUCAGUUAGGGUUAUUCAGACAUCAGAUGUAUGUAUUCAGGUUGAAUCAGUUAUUGGUACAAGAGGCAGUUAUAAAGUUAUAAAAACUUAUUUCUGAUUCACAUUUUAAGUUUGUACAUUUAGGGUUUGCUGGAGAUGUGAACAGCGUGUGUUUUGAAGUGUCUGAGCCUUUGCUAUCUUGAUGCUAGCUGUGCAUCACUUAACGUUCCGAUUGGUAAUAAUAUUGGUCAAAGAAUGUAUAUUUUUGAGAUGAAUAAUGAAUGUUUUGUAACGGCUACAUGUAUUUUUGUAAUGUGUUACGUAUAAGGGCUUUUCUCUAUUUAAUUUAGGCAAUCUAUUUUUGCAAACUAUUUAUUUCUUAUUUAUUGCCCUUUUUUGUUUGGUUAAAUAUGUAUUGCUUGCAAUAUGUGUGGAACUUGCAUAUUUCAAAGACCAUAAAAAACCUAGCCACAACUUUUCAUAAGAUGUAGUGGCAUCAUCUGCUGUAGAAAUGAUCAAUGAAUGCAUUUGUUUAGUAUUUUAUUUAUUUAUUUUUUUUUGUGUGGGACAGUAGCGCCGUCAAAAAUGUAUUUUCUUUGAGACCAUGGCCUUUUCUCAGUAUCUUCAUUUAAUUGUAAGGUUUCUUCUUCAGAUUCCAUUCCUGAAAAGGUGCAUUCGAUUGUUCAUUGUGUCUUUCAAGGCUGCAUGUGUUCAUUAUACCAGGACAGUAAUGGUAGUGACGGAGUAAUUGUGUAGUUUUUUACAUGAUAUCUGUACUUGAAUAAUGUUGGAUGGUGCCUGGUUGAGGUAGUACUUGCUACAGUAUUUCUGCACUUAUACUUAGUAUCACUUCAUUUUUGAUGUCUCUGUAAAUCCAUCAGACAUUUCAUGAGGGAGGGAAUGUUUAAGUACCUUACCAGGCUGUGCUGUUGUUUUCCCGGGACAUAAUUUUCAGUAGAGAUGAAUGCAGCUAUUUUUGAAGAAACAGCAUAAAGUUUUUCAUGACAUCAUCAGAA